CGCCUGUGAAAACGCGCCUUGAGACAACAUUUUAUUUGACUGGAGUUAAGAGUCCUGACAGAUUAAGGAGAAAUAAAGGUGCCUUUUAAUUCAGACCAGAUGUCUUCUUCACCCUCCUCCUCCUCUUCUGUGCGUCUAAACACGGGGGUUCAAAUGCCCCUUUUGGGUCUGGGGACCUACAAGCUUCAGGGUCUUGACGACGUCUACCGGGCUGUGGAUGCGGCCCUCGCUGCAGGUUACCGUGCUUUUGACAGUGCGGCCGUUUACAGGAAUGAGGCUGACUUGGGUCGAGCCCUGAGGGAGAUCCUGCCCAAAUAUGGCUUGACUAGACAGGAUGUGUUUAUAACCAGUAAACUGGACCCAAAAGAUCAGGGUGAGAGCGCACUGGAGGGAGCUCUUCACAGCCUGACACAGCUGGACUUGGAUUACAUUGACCUCUACCUGAUCCACUGGCCGGGCACUAAGGGUCUGGAAGUGGGCGAUCAGCGUAACCCAGGUAACCGAGCUCAGAGUUGGGCAUCACUGGAGGAGCUGCAUGACCAGGGGAAGCUGAAGGCCAUUGGAGUGUCCAACUACACACCAGCACACAUGAGAGAACUGAUGCAGAAGUGCAGAAUCCCUCCUGCUGUUUUACAGGUAGAGUUUCACCCACGCCUGUGCCAGACUGAGCUGAGGCGUGUGUGUGAGGAGUAUGGAGUGUGUUUCCAGGCCUACUCCUCUUUAGGGAAAGGAGAGCUGGUCACUGAUCCCAGGGUUACAGCGGUGGCAAAGAACUGCUCACGCACACCUGCCCAGGUCCUAUUGCGCUGGGCGGUGCAGCAGGGAGUCCCGGUGCUCCCCAAGUCCUCAAAUCCAGACAGGAUAAAGGAGAACGCUGAACUUUUUGACUUUACGCUAAGUGACACAGACAUGGAGACACUGUCAUCUUUAGACUGUGGGCACAAAUACUGCAGGGAUCCUUCAGGAAUUGCGUGAUAAACCACUGGUUGACUUCCUUGGGAGUAACUUCUGUUCUUCACUUCUGACAAUAGCAGUUAAAUCACAUGCAGUAAAUUAAGUUUUUCCUGGUGAUCUCACAUAACAAACACACCAAGUAGCAUUUAGGCAGAAUUACAUGUAUUUGCUUCAGUCAACAUAUUUAAUUACAGCCUUGUUAGUAUUAUCUUAGACAUUAUAGUCUUUCCAAUUAAUACCUAUUGUGUUUUUUUUUGCCUUAUAUUCUUGUUUACAGACUUGUCAGUUUCAUGUAACACUCUUACAAAGUGUUUAUAUAACAUUCAGUUUGAAUUGUCUGUGAAACACCAUAAUUUUGCAGAUGAAUAAACUCUGACACCGACGCUUAAAAGAACUGCACAAACAAUAUUCACUCUAAAACCACUCUUAAAAAUGUUUUAUUCAGGACAGCAUAUACCAGAAGCUGGACAGCCGUAGAGAAAAUACAUUUACAAAAGUCCAUAAAAAAUGAAAAAGGAUUUAAAAAAAUCAGUUUUGUUCAAACACGUCUCCAGAUUCAAGUAAUAAUACUAAGGAUGGUUGCGAAACUCCAGGUGCCCAGGCAGAGGUGGGUGUGUGCUCCCUGUCAAAACCAUUACUGGUCACACGGCGUCUACUGAAACUGAAAGUCGAGACGAGCAAUUGUGACGUUUUCUCGCAGUUCUGACGGUAAACACACCUCUGCCUUUCUGUGCUUCCUCUUGAGUGUAAAUCUGUGGCAGAGAGCUGUAAAAGUUUUAAGGCGGUGAUUGAGUACAGGCAAGUCUGGUUCUGCAGUGUCACCUCAUGGGUCACAGCAUGUUCAAGGCAGUUGAUAAGAGUAUAAUGCUAGUAUGAACAACUUGCAUGUAUUCUCAAUCAGCAGACUGUGCUGCCUUUAUAAGGAGACCUACUGGAAGUGACGUGUUAAAAGUAUUUCUUAUCACAUGUACUUAAACUCUCAGUCCUGUUUUUCUGUUUCAUAUCAGAUAUCACAUGACCGUGGAGUCACAUGUUAGGUAGCAGUAUGUGCUUUCAAUUGAACAGCAUUUUUUUUUUUUCAAACCAGAUAAUAAUUCAUUGUAAAAGGAAAUUAAAAAAAGAAUCAGUCAAAAAACCCUCAGUACAAUUGGAUGAAUCUUUAAAAAUGCUGGUCAUUCAGAUUGUCAGAAUGCCUGAUUAAAAAAAUUGUAUUUCAACAGGUUUAGCAGAGGCUAUACAUAUUUUCUUUUUUUGAGUAUCAAGACAAUACAAACACAGCCCUUAACUUAACCUGCACCCCCAAACACUUAACAACUCAACCCUACACGUCCAGAGAAUAAGACACAAGGAGGACAAACCUAUUACCAUUUUCAGAAUCACAUUUUCCAUAGACAAAUCACAAAGAGCCUCAUUAUUCACCAAGCUACGGAGGAGUGCAGAUCUGAAUUUAUUAUUAUAAUUAAUGUGAAAAAUAACUUUCAUAUAGGUAUUAUUGUGCCCUGCAAUCUUCUAAAGCCUGGAUGUUUUAUUUCUCACCUCCAAAGUGAAAAACACAUUUCAACAAUUGCGUUUCUACGCUUGACAAGAAUUCUCCUGAACAAACAAAUCCUAGUAGUUUACACCUGUGUUCAAAUGGGACUGAACUCAUAUAUCCAUCUUCUGUUGGUGUGGAGUAAAUGGGCCCAAAGGCUAGUGUGGUUUAUCCUUGUACAGCAGUUAAUCCAUCCCCAACAACAGCUUUAAAUAUGCACAUAACAUGAAUCACAACAGCCAUAGAUUGUACACUGCCUAUUGCUAGGUUGACCAGACUUUUUAAAUAGCAUGGCAACCUUGUAAAAUUACUAAUUUUCUAACCCACGUUGUGUAUAUAACCUUUUUUCCAAUGCCAUUUGAUAAUAUAUUAACAAAAUAUGUACACAUAAAAAUUACAAAGUUCUUUUUUGCUCAUCCAAGGCUUUAAAAAGAUAGAUUCAUAUUGUUUUGUGCUUUUUUUAAAAUAUGUAUGUUUAAUGUGAUUUUCUUCAGAUAUAAUCUAACCCUGAAGUUGUACAAAAGAUAUUAUUUCUGCAUUGUCAGAGAUUGUCCGUGUUCAAGAUUGUUCUUUUGACAAAUUUGAGAUAUAAAGCAGUUAAUGAUAGUCAAGUACAGUGGUGGAAAUGGUUCUGUUUUGCAGGGAGCAUAACAGGAAGCUGAAUAAAGGGCCCCAAGUUGAA